AUGCCAGGAGACUCAUAUAUUAUUGAGUGCCUAAAUAACCUCUUUAUACCGCAGAUAGCAAUAAGUCGGAUGAGAAUAGUUGAAAUAGGAGACGAGUUGUUAUAUUCCGAAGUAUUAACAGAUAAAACAGGAAGAAUUAUGAUAUUUGACAUAAUAAAUAAAAACAAAGAAAAAAAGAAAGGGAUAGUAAUAAUAGAAAGAGUGGAUAGAAUACGGAGGGAGCACUAUCUGUUUAAGGUAAACACAAUUACAAACACAGUUAUAAAUAUAAACAAUGUAAUGUAUGAAAUAAGGCAUAAAAUAGCACAUCAGCCGUGCUACAAAGCGUAUUAUAAUAAGAACCAGAUAGAGUAUGCUGGGUAUAGUAUGAUAAAUCAUAUAAACACAAGUAAGCGCGGCGGGGCUGAUUUAGUAAGUAACGAUACCGUAGUAAAAGAUGAAUCACAAAAUGUAACCGAAAAAAUGCAGUACAGCGUAUAUCCAUGUGAAAUGGAUAGUAAAUCAGAAGAAAUAAUUAGUAUGAUAGUUUCAGAGACAAAAGAAAGGAAUACAUCAAUAUCCACGCGUAUAAUAAGCAAUAAUGGGACAAUUAACUAUAUACUAAGCAUCAGUGGGUAUAAAAUAGACAACGGAAUAGAGAAAAGAGUGACAGUGCUUUUUAUAACCUCAGGAAUAAGCACGGCAAUAAUCAUAAAAUACAUUAAGAUAUACAACAUAUACAGUACAUCUGGGAUAAAAGAGGCAAUUACGUCUGGCCAGCCAAGUCAGUCAAGUGUAGGCGUAAGUGCCACAGGAAAAGGGCCAUCUGAGUCUUCUCCUGUAGAAAAGCUUGCUACAUUAGAAGAUGGCAAGGAGUGCGGCUUGAAAAACAAUGAGAGGAGUUCCCGGUAUCUCAACUAUUUUCUAGAAGAUGUGCAGGUGGGUAAUAUAUCAGUACAUUCUGCAAUGUACUACGAUAUAAUAUAUCAUGUUCUUUUGGAGCACCGGAUGCUUUUUCUGUCGCAUAGUAAUGCAGAUCUGGCGAAUUAUAUACAGGCAGUUAUUAUGUCUAUUCUUCCAUAUCGGUGGAGAGGAAUUCUUCUAUCGCAUAUUAGCACGUCAUAUAAAAAGCUGAUUGAGACAACAAUUCCAUAUAUUCUUGGGAUGACGAGCAGUGCAUUUUCAGAAAGCAAGUACAUUCCAGACAAUACUGUGAUUGUUUCUCUUGAUGAAAACCGGAUAUACAUACAUAAUAAGGCAGAAGACCGAAGAAUGUUUAAGAAGCUCUACAAAAACAUGGACGGGAGGCGGUCUCUACCAUUCUACCAUAAAAUAAUCAAGAAGAUGAGCCACGCCUGGCCUGGGCUGAAGGAAGAAAUGAAUAUUUUAAUGGAAAUAAUCAGCACAGAGGUGUCUACAGCACGGGAGAAAGUAAUCCAGCAUAUGGUUCAGCAGGGUAAUAAAAGAGGGUUAAGAGACUUCAUAAACACAAAUAAUUACGCCCGAGAAAUACUUAUGCAUCUCCGCGCAAGCAAAGGAUUUUACAAAGAAUUCAUUGGAACAUCACUUUACAAUGAAGGCAUACAGAACGAGUAUCUAAGAGAAGUAAAAAGGCUAGGCCUUACUGAGGAGCAUAUAGUCACUAUUAUGUGGAUACUUAUGUGUACAGCACUAGAGGGCAUACAGCCAAAGAGAGACAUUGGUAGAAUUAUUUUUAUUAUAGAGGCGUAUGUUAAUAAAUAUGUGGGAACUGCAUACCAGGCAGCAGAUGCAUUGUUGGUAAGUUUAUUUUGCCUUCUUUCAUACUUAGACAUGUAUGAUGUGAUAAUGCACACGUGCUUUGCCCUGCAGGAGAAAGGAAUGUCAGUUACAGACGACAUGUGCAGUGCACUAAUGCCAGCUAUAUCUACGGAAGAUUUGUGUGCACUGCGGAAAAGUGGUGCAGUAUUUAUGCCAUGGAAUAAAAAAAAGAAGUUGGCCGCCCGCAAAGAGAGUAUUCAAAUUCAAAUAAGUGCUCUGAUAGUGCAGAAGUGUUACCAAGGGAUAGUUCUUAUAGUAGUAAAACACAAGAAAGAGGGCAUGCCGAUAAAUCACAGCCAGACCAUGCUAUUCCUCAUACUAUACAGAUAUCAGAGGAAGAUUUAUGGGAUAAGUUAUCAUUUACACAUGCACAUAUUCUGGAUACACUGCAAAGAUAUGUCUGUAUAAGCGAAGAGCAUAUGAAAGAAGAGGAUCGGGCAUACAUUCAAGUACUUUAUCGGGCAUUUGAUGUGUAUGAGCUGCCA